AUGACCCCCCUGAGCCGCGCAUUCUGGGCGCCCGGGAAGGGCAGGGAGCUGGCGGGGAAGUACGAGAAGACGAUCCUGCUGAUCUCGCUGCUGUACAUCCCCGCAGUGCUGGCGCUGCAGAAGGUGAUGAGGAGGCGGAAGGAGAUCGAGGCCAAGGCGCUGAAGGUGGCAUGGAACGUGUGCCUGUCCGCGCUCUCCCUCAUGGGAGUGCUGCUGAUCCUCAUAUAUGACCCGCAUGUGCUGAAGAGCAUAAUCCUGGAGGAGACAGAGUACAGACCGGAAACGAGGGCAGUGAUCAGCAUUUUCACGCUGACAAAGGUAGUGGAGUACGGAGACACGGUUUUUUUAAUUUUAAAAAAAAAAAAGUUAACAUUUUUACACAGCUACCAUCACUUAAGUGUGGUUAUAUACUGUCUGUAUUCUCAAAAGGAGUUAGUUUCUCACGCGCAUUACUUUGUCUUCCUAAACUUGGUAGUCCACGCGAUCAUGUAUUUUUAUUUUGGCUUUAUUUACAUUGUGCCAAAAAUUCUGUACAAAGUCAGGCAAUUUAUAACCUGUUUGCAAAUACUGCAAAUGUUCAUUGGGAUUUUUAUUUCCUACUACGCCAUAAGAAAUGUGGAGAAUCAGAUUUAUGUGAAGAAUGCAAUCGCCAGUUUCGCUUUAUAUUUGACGUAUGCCAUUUUGUUUUUAAAUUUUUACUUUAAUAAUUAUUGCAAAAAUGUGAAAAGCAACGUGGCCACGUACAUGAUCAGUGUGCAUAUAUUGGGACUCAUUGGACUCAUAAUGUUAUGUACAAGCAAUGACACGUUAAGGUUAUUUAUUGAGGUCUCCAUCGGAUGUGUAUUUACCUUAACGUUGCUCAGUUGCUCCUUCCAUUUUAAUACACACUAUUGUUACCUCUGGAAGAACAAAAUAGGGGACACGAAUUUUUUGGAGCAAACUGAUUUGCUUCUUACGUAUAAGGCCAAGUACUUUUCCAAUAUGGCCUUUCUAAAAAAAAUGACCAUUCAUAUGAUUAAGACUUUCCUCCUUUGCUUUAACGGACUCGCUACCUACGCGCAUGACACGAUUUUCCUUUUUGUGAAUUUUUACUCGGAGAGGCUGAAGAGGAUUGCGCACGAGUCGGCCGCGCUGGAAAAAGGGGGGAAAUCCGCCACAGUGAGGGGUGCAGCGAUGAGCGGUGAGACGAGCGGUGCGACGAGCGGAGCGAGUGACAAAUCGAGUGACCAACCGAACGACCAACCGAAUGACGAACCGAAUAACCAAACGAAUGUGGCGAACCCCCCCGGGGAGGCCCCCAACCGAAGGGACACCAAAGCGAACAGAGUCUUCUUCCUCAUUAAAGACCUCUACAACCGAUCGAUCAUCUCCUACAUCAUAUACAAAUCGCCCAUCGAAAAUAUUGCCAAAAAUUUGGAGUCCAUUUCGCCUGACCAGUCAGCAAGAAAAUCGCUCCAAUUUACAUUUUUUCGCAUGACCAAGCAGGUCAUACAGAAUUACCUGCUCUACAUUGUCUGCCUGAUUCUCCCCAUAUACUACGGGCUGCGUGUGUAUAACGACGCGCUGCUGGGCCUGUGCGUGCACGGCGCGCUCAGGUGGCUUAUCGAAAUAUACUCCACCAAAAUUUUUAACAAGUCGCGCAAGCUGCACGGGCAUUGA